GCGAUCAGUAGAACUGUGGGGGAGUUGUUGCGCCAGCGUUAGCACUCUUUUAUGCUUAAUAUCCGCUCUCUUCAAGAGGAGCCCAUUUUACCGGGAAUAUAGUCGGAGAAGCGUGUUGGUGGACGAGAGCAGGAGAGAACAAAAUUUGAGCACAAACACUUAGUUCUUCGGAUGUACUCGUCGACUGAUUGAGUUAUUUAGACAAUUCGCAUCAAACCGCUUUUGCUAUAGACAUCAAAACCGAAAAAAAUCAUCAACAAUGCAAGCCCCUACCCUCGGCCCCCCGGGCCAGGUGAUGCUUGAUAAGCAAGCGUUGAAGAGUCGCAUGCGCCGAAUCUCCGAAAACCACGUUUACCAGAGCAACACAGAUCUUGCAAACGCAGCAGGAGGACCACAGCCUAACAGCGGCCUCGCUGGGCUUCCAACAUCCGGCGCCGCUUCCGCCCCGGUGACGCAGCAGGAACUGCUUGCGCAGGCACAAUUUUCCCAACCCGAGCGGCCGCCGGUGUACAGCGUCAUGUCGCCCAGCAUCGAAACUUUAGCGACAGGAGGAGGUCAGAACAAUUUGUACAACAACCCGGGAACGGUGGAGACCAUACCCCCGGGAAUGAUCGCACCGCCGAUGUCCGCAGCCGAGGUUCAACAUCAACCCGUCGGAGUUUCCGCCGCCGGUGCUGGCUACACGAGUUUCCAACCCGCAGCAGGGAUUAUUAACAUGAAAGCCGGCGGAACUACGACGAUGUUUCAUCAAGGUGCGCGGCAGGAGGAAGUACAAGAUACAGACGAGGAUUACACAGACCGGGAGCCGCAGGAAAAGCUGGCGCAGAAACUUGCGCACGACGAGGAGGGCAGAAGCUACUUCUUGUACUACGACGAGCAGGGAAAUAAAGUACUCAACACCUAAUAAAUUAGACCAGCGGGAGAUCUGCAACGUUUCUUUUAAUGUUCAAGUUGGUUUUAUUUCCAUCCAUGAUCUCUAUCUUCACCUCGGGAAGAGAGGCGUUCAAGUGAAGAUGAAAGAAUGCGAAAAAAGAUGAAGAUCCCACUAUUAUCAUCACACACAGCGUGUCUUCCCGACCGACCCAGCGUCCCACCCGGGGUUCCGGAAUAGUAAACCGUCGGCGGGCAACGUCUCCGCGGCGGCCGAGCCUCCGUCCCCGCGGAUCCCCGAAGCGACGCUCGCCGAAGACUGGGAGGACGAGAUUUUGCAGCAAAAGCACGAGGACUUGGUUCGGCGAGUGGACCUGCUGGAGGGGAUGGUGAUGAAGAUGGUGCACCAGGAGGAAGUACUGGAUGAGAAGGUCCGGGUAUGCAAGAAAACAACUGUGUAAGUGUAAGUCUGUGAUGCAAACACAUGCAACACAGUGUACACUUGUCAUGCUAGCCAGCCAUAAAGUCCUCUUUUAUUAUGUGUUUUGACGUGCUGCCUGCGCAUGACAGGCUUUUUCUGCCAUGCAGAGCAAAUUUGUCAUGCUGGCACUCCAAGAGUGUUUCACCAACAGUUUUUUUCUUGGGAUACCGGGCAAAGCGGGCCCGGGAAAAACAGGAACAGACGGAGCAGCAGAUUAAGCAGGGGAGGACCUACGACGUGUACUUCAACCAGGUAAACGACUCGCGCACCGGGAAAACGCGGUACCCCUACCGGGGCGCCACCGACGGCAAGCAGGUCGGGGAAGGGAACGAAGACGACGGGGAGGUGCUCGGCCCGAUGUGCGAAGACUUCGCGAGGCAGGUGGUUUGCUGAAAGUGUUUUAGCAGAUGUGCUUCUGAUAAAAAUUGCCUGAUUUGAUGUUGGCGUGACCACGAGAACCUGUCUUUUCCUCGGAAGAAAAAGAAAUACUGUAUAGAUAAUGAACACUGAAUCAAUACUUCGGACGUACAAAGUAGUGGAAAAUAUUAUACAUGAAAAUGGGUCACAUUUUGCUGAGAUUUUUUGUCCAGGAC